AGGAAAUGUACUAAAACAAAACGCCGUUUUUUUUUUGUUUUUUUUUAUAAUGCCGUGUCCAUAACCCUAAGUUUUAGUUUAUGUCUAACACCUAAUCAUUGAGGUGUAUAUCACACUCAGCUCCGCCAGCAGUACUAGGCUUCAGUGUGACGUGUUUUUCUGUCAGUUUUCGCUCGCGAGUUUUAUUUUUUUGGGAACUAAUCUUUCAUUUUUUGAGUGUUUUUCGGGACGCUCUGAACUUUCUUGACGGGGGAAAAAACUCACACAGUCGAUUGGAUUGUAUUCCGAUUUGGUAUUGUGAAAUGUGAAUUUAGUUAUUUUUAUUUAAAAAAAAUAGAGAAAGUUUGAAAUGGAGAGUAAGCCCCUCAACACGCCUUCUACAAAGAUGCGAAUCGGAAGUUCAAAUUCGUACAAACUACAUGAGCUUAAGUUCGGCGCUGCUUCCCACGACAUACUGGCCGAUUUUCUGAUUAAUUUAAACAGUAAAAACAGAGAACAUUUGGAAAAUGUGUCGGAGCACGCUGGGGCUUUCAAGCAAAGUAGACUAGUAGGACAGUCGCAUUGUUAUUUUGUAUUGAUGAAGUACAGCGAUACUUUGUAUUUGCUUCCAGAGUCUGUUUUCCUGAUUUGUGAAGUGUUGAGACUCGAGCCGUUCACUGCAUAUCAAGCAAUAGAAAUCUUAGAAAGGUUUAUGAUAAAUCACAUUGAAGAGAUGUUUGCUGCUGCUCCGCCAUCUGGUGCUGACGGAGGGAAAGGAGACAUUUACGGCUCUGUGCUCAUAAAGCUGAGUGACAAAUUUAUGCUUCUGGUCUUUUCCUGUGUUCAGUUAGCUAGCAAGCUUGCACUUCACUGCAGUAUUGUUGACAACAGCACUGCUGUUAAGUUCCUGCAGUGUUUGGGUUACUCAUAUACCAAAGAAACGUUACUGGAAUCGGAACUUAACAUCCUGAAAACGCUAAAUUUCUACAUCAGCGUUCCAAAUCCGCUGACUUAUGUUGAGACGCUGUUGGAAGUUUUGGGAUACAAUGACUCAGAUGUUCCCAUAAAGUAUCUGCAUAAGAUCACUCAGCUUGUGCUUCAGUUUGUUUACCUUCAGAGAAAUCCAAUUUACCAUAACUUACUAGUGGCUACAAUUGAAAAUUCAACUCCGAGUGAAGUUCAGAGAGUGAAGUUUCUGUCAGUCACAGAGGACAGCAUGCUACUAGCAGUUAGUGUUAUUGCAGCUAGUGCCUUCAUACUUAACUACACCACCUGGGACCAGGUACUUGAGGAGUUAAGAUGUAUAACUGGAAUUAAUGGAGAGAGCAUCUCAGACUUCUCGCACAUUAUAUUAAAACAAAUUAUGGGAAGCGGAACACCUUUAAAAUCCCUCUGAAAUAGAAUGAACUGUGCGUUAACAUGGUGAGAUGCAGAAAGUACUGGGCAUGAGUUAACAUACUACCUGCAACACAUUUUAUUAAACGUUAUAGAUUUACAGUGGGCUACACAAAUCUGAAUUGGAGUCAGAUUUAAUCAAAUGUAUUAGAUGGUCUAUGUGAUCCGUUUGUGGCACACUGAGUAACAUUUAUACAUGGAAUGGAGCUGGAAAAAAAAACGUAACUUGUAGCAUUCUUCAGUAUUUGAGGGUCUCUAUGUUGUUUCCUCGUUUUGAAAAAGUUAGAUUUUUGUUAAAAAACAAACAUAUACAUAUAUGUGUGUGUGUGUGUGUGUGUAAAUAAAAUACAGUAGA